AUGUCAAAUCGCCAACAGAUCGACUCUGUCAUUGAUGAUGACGACGAGUUCUGCCCCCUGUGCAUUGAGGAAUUCGACCUGUCCGACAAGAACUUUAAGCCGUGUCCCUGUGGGUAUCAGCAUCGAAAGGCUGCCGCUGCGAAGAAGAAGGAAGCGGAAAAGCGCGAGAUCGAGGCCUCGAGUCGGAAGAACUUGGCUGGUGUGAGGGUCGUGCAGAAGAACCUGGUCUAUGUGAUUGGUCUCAACCCCACCAUACGCGACGAAAGCCAGCUCCUCCAGACGCUUCGCGGACGGGAUUAUUUCGGCCAAUAUGGAGAGAUCGAAAAGAUUGUAGUGAGCAAGGCAAAGCCUGGUGGCAACCCCAACCAAGGCAUUGGCGUCUACGUUACGUACUCGAAGAAGUCGGAUGCCGCAACCUGUAUCAGUUCGGUGGAUGGAUCUGUAAACGGUGAUCGUGUCCUAAGGGCUCAAUACGGUACGACGAAGUAUUGCUCCUCCUUCCUGCGCAACGAGCAGUGCCAUAAUAGGAAUUGCACCUUUCUACACGAGACGGGUGAGGACAGCGAAAGCUAUAGUCGGCAGGACCUCUCCUCUAUGAACACCCUUUCCAGUCAACGUCCGAAUGGUGCGCCUAGUGGACCCAGUCAUACGAUCCCCCCACACGUUGCCCGCUCUUCCGCAAUGCCGCUGUCUCAACCGAUGCGCCGUCAGCCCAGUAAAGACGAUGGUGCCAGCAGCCGCCCCCCUGACGGAUCCGCCCUUCCUUCCUCCGCAAGUUGGGCAAAUAAGGACUCGGUGAUCAGCCGAACAAGACGGGCAAGUCUUACAGCUAGUCAAGCGUCUCAGAGUCCACGACCCGCGAGUGCCACGGUUGCGACCAGUGCAGAGGAACCAAAGCGUGCCGAGAAACAACCUGCACCUGCUCAGGAACGCCGCCAAACUCCGCUGCCAGAGACACAGUCUUCGACACCUAGCUCUCCCUCUGAAUCCCAACUGCCCGCCGACCCGGAGGCUCCUCUAUUUGAGAAUUUGAUAAAGGCAGUUAAUUCUCCUGAUUUCAAGUUUGUCUUUUCGGCGGCUGGUCUGCCGGCAGAUGAAGUCGCUCUCAUUGAAAACCACCCUUCGUUCAUUGAUCCUUAUGGUGGCGUAAAGCGUCGGGCUAUGCGGGAGAAGGCAGAGCAAGAGCGUGCAAAGCGAGAGCAAGAGCUGCUUCAGUCGGCAGCUGUUGAAGAAGAAACCAGGGAGAGCGGCAGCCUCCAGCUUGGUGGCGAGCCGGAUGAUGCUCAUCCUCCGAGAGGCCGUGGUUCGCGGGAAUCGCAUGGUGCUAUCCAGCCGCCUUCACAGCAGGGUACUACAACGAAUUCGGUGGUCGGCUCCCCAGUUUCUGCGUCGAGUCAUCAAUUCCAGGGACUUAAUCUGGCUGGCCGGAGUUUAACCCCUCUCCAACAGCAACAACUGAUGCUACUCAAGUCUGCUAGCAAUCAGCAGGCCGGCGUUGUGGACCCAUUGCAAAGUGGACUUGGCUCUGCUGCUUUAGAUCAGGCUGCUGUUCGCCAAGGCCUUUUGCAGACCCAGAUGGCACAGCUUAACGCUUUGCAGGCGCAGAAUCGCCAAAACUCUCGCUUUUCCUUCACUAACGAUGCCGGAUCGAAGAAUCUUUCCAACGUGCGGAUGCUAAGCCAGCAGGCUUCCUUGAUGCAAUCCGGGACUCCAAACCCACUUGCUGCACCCAGUCCUCAACAUGGGCUUACUAGCAGCUUCUACACCAGUGGCGUUCAGGGCCCACCUCCAGGCCUCAAGACGGCCGGCACACCCCCCAUCAGUGGAGGAGGAAUGUUCGCUCAAGGUCACGGUUUUACAACAAAUUCAAAUCUUGGCUUGGCUGGUAAUAUCGGGAAACAGGAGACCAACCCGGAUUUGAUGCGCGAGCUGCUGCGAAGCCGCAGUGGCACAAAUGCUAGUGGUUUACAGGCACCGGAUGCCGCUAAGCGUGAGUUCAUGUUUCCUUUCCUCCAACAGCACCAAACUCCCCCUCCCCUGACUCCUGCCAAUGGCCUUCUCAGCUCUUUCUAUGGCUCUCAGACGGGGAACUUCUCCGAGUCUGGGCCACAGAAGCAGAAGAAGAAGGGGAAGAAGCACAGACACGCUAACACUUCCUCCGGUGGAGGCGGUGUAGUAGAUCUUGCGGACCCGAGUAUCCUGCAGGCGAGGAUGCACCAGGUGGGUGCGAAUGCUGCUGCUGGGCAAGCGCUUUACGGGAGUCAGGGUCAAGUUGAUGAAGAAUUUCCUCCUCUCGGUGCCCCCGCAAAGGACAAGCGUCCAGUGGACAGCUUUGGAUUCCUAGGCCGGUCCCAAUUUCCCACUGAACCCCAAAGCUCCGCACGCGCCGGUACUCCGACAUUGCCGCCAGGUCUUCCCUUACCUCAUGCCCAUCCUGCGUCUGCAUUAUUCCAGAGUCCAUUAAAUCCUUCCAGCCCGGUCUCCGCAGUCUCUGUUCCACCAGGUCUGAGUGUUCCUUUCAAUAGGCUUGGGACACCUUCCCAAAGCUUUCAGGAGACUAUCUCUGGUCGGCAGUCGCCGGAAGUUAAAAAUACCCAAGACAAUGUAGCCAUCUCAAACCGAGCUAAGAAUGCUUCUGAAAUAUCCUUGGGGUCGCCAGUGCCGAAAUCAGCUAACAAAGCUCGCUCACAAACCAAGGAUGACCUAACCGUUGGCUCUGAUAAUAAGUCGAGCAAGAAGUCAGGAGGUAUCACUGAAGAGAAGUCAGUAUCCACAACGACAAAAGGGAAGCCUAUGAAGCUGGAUAUUCCACUUAAUACGUCUCACGCCCAGGAUAGCACUCCUUUGAAAGGCGAGCAAUUGACCCAGACUGCCAGCAGUCAAGUCCCAGCCCCGGCGUCUGCCAUCGGUUCUCGCCCAAAUACACCAUUAACUGGGGUUUCACGUGUCUCUGACUCCUCGGUUCCACGUCAACCCAGGGUUCUUCGUGUUGUUGAUACUCCGAAGACAGAGACGCCUCCUCCUGCUUCGGCCACUCAAUCCAUCUCAUCCCAGCUUGCCGCGGCUAAGGGGCGAUCGAGAAGACCCAGCAUAUCUUCCAUAAGCAGGCCCGAUACUCCUGGCGACUUUGGAUCGGAAGCUGAUCUCUAUACAUCGGCGUCUGUUUCUCGUGCAAAUUCUCCUCCUGCAUCUUCCAGGAUUGGCUCUGCGCCUGUGCGUGCCAUGACUAAGAGCCAAGUCAAGAAAGAACGCAGACAGAAGGCCAAGGAGAUGGAAGCCAAGAAGCACGAGGCGGCGACUGCCAUGGUCGAGGAACCGGUGCAGGCGCCUAUUAUUGGACGGAAGCGUAAGACCAAGAAGACCCCGACAAGCAACCCUGAGUCAACUACCGCAACGCCGGACACUGCCAACGAAGCUUUGAAGUCCAGUGCUAGUGGAAAAGAGACCACUGACAAGACUGAUCAGCGGGCUGAGGCAAAGAAGAACAAGUCAAAGGACAAAGCUACAAAGGAUACGAAGCCCAGCCCUGUCGAAGAGAAGGAGGCCCCUACACAGAAAAGCGCAGCAGAAGCAUGGCGUUCCAACAAUACCAUUGAGCAGUUAAUCAAGGAUUCGGAAGCUGCUGGCGUUCCGAUCAAGGAACUGUUUACGGAGCGAACUUCUGUGCUGCCGAUACUCCUCGCUCAGCUCCACAAGGCGGGCAACCUGGACCUCAAUGCCCAUCCCUUGUUCAACCCACCUAAUUUGACCCAACGUGUGGACAUGAAGUGCACUGCAGAUGAUUAUGAAAUCUUAAAGCAGCCUCUUGAGUUAACCGAGGAACACCGCAAAGCAUUGCUGCGUGGAGAACCAGUUCGGAUCAAUUCGGACUCUAAUUUGACUAAGUACCGUUGCUUAAUCACACCUCGCGGAUGUGUUCUUCGUCAUUUGGGCCCUGAGGAAGAAGAACGUUAUCUUGAACUUGAGAAGCGCAUCGGUGCCGCCAUUGAUCUCUUCCCCGAGUAUCCGCCGACAUCGAUUACGGAACCUGACGUGACAAACCGUGGUGGUGGGCUUGAUGCUCUUUUCGCUACACCCGAAAACUUUAAUAUCUGCUGGGUAGAUGAAACCUCGGCUGGGCUGUCGUCUAUGUCGCCCUCUGGCGAUAUGACCGUACCUGAAUGCGCGGUUACUUCUGACACUCCUACACCCCCGAACGUUCUCUCAGCCAUGGAGGCGGACAGCACUCGCAGUCACAAUUGGGCUAUUGCCAAUACCGCUGAAUUGGUGAACGCCACUGCCACUUCCGUUCGGUCUUUUGCGGCGGCCACCGCCAAGCACAUGCUGGGAGCUGCAGGUGUCGUCAUGGGCAAUAUGCCAGACCUGGAUGACGUUGUUGGAAUGACAGAUGAGGAGCUUCGUGCGUUUGCUGUCAAGUCGCAGAAGGAGCUCGAGUCAUCGCGCAAAGAUCUUGACUCCAUUGACAAGAAACUCAAUGCUUUGGUCAAGCGGAACAAGAAGCUCGCACAGCAGGCUUUAGCCACCUCUGUUGAGGGAUGA